AUGGAUUCUGCACUUGCCCAACAAGCCUUACAGGGUGCAAUGCCCGUCGAUGCUCAUAAAACCAACGACGACAAUAACUACGUUUCUGAAUUGUUUGCUCAAUUGACCGAUCCAGAGUUCAUUACAUCGUACUCCAAUGAUGUCAACAAUUUCGGUCAAAAUCCUCAAUUCAGCAGUGAGGCUGCAGCUACUAGACAUGAAAAAAGGAGCAUCAAGCGCUCACAACAAGAAGUUGCCGAAGAAAUUCCUCCACAAAACAAUAUGUCGGGAGAAAGCUCCCAAAGCCACCACCCAAUGGACGGUUUCAACAUUGGUGAUGCGACUCCAUUUGACUUCAAUGCGCUUGACUUCAAUGCGCUUGACUUCAAUAUGCUCGACUUUGAUAUGCUCGGCCAAUUUGACAAUAUUCAUCCUUCUUUUGAUAUCCCGGAGGCAGCCAGCUCUAUACACGCUGGUGUGAAUAUCCACAGCAAUGAUACAAACACCUUCCCUGGUAGCCACCAGGUGAUAAAUGUGCCAGUUGAAAGCACAAACAUUCGCAUUCCAAAGGCCCCCCUGCCUAUAAAUGCCUUUCCUUCCUAUCUCGGAAGUGUUCGGGGGGGCCUUGCCAAUAAUUCACAUGUUGGCAUCAAUACUCCAGGGGGCAGAAGCACUUCACAGGCCCCUGAGGACACUAAUAUGAUGCCUUUGCUUGUUAACCCGCAUCAAUUCUCGGCUUUGCAAGGCAUCUCCUCAGCCGAUCUGUUACACGGCGUUGGCUGUCAAUCACGACCACAACCACCCUCAACAGGGCCAAAUGUGAAACGCCAACGGCGGCGAUCACCGUCCCCCCCAGCUCCACAAAAUGCGCUCCAAUUUGUGCACGACGAGCUGUCUAUGCCUUCGGAUUUCCGAGCCAACCCAAAUAACCAUGCUCGAUUCAAAUAUCAUCGAGAUGGAACUCGGGAGUAUCUGAAUGCACCGAAAAAGCGGCGGAAACGACGCUGCUCUGACAGGGGUCCACAAUCUUCCGGCUGA